AUGGAGCUGGUCGUAGUGCUUCUAUUUUUUAUUCAGUUUAUAACGAACAGCCUGUUCACCAAAGGAGAGCCCAAACCUGUGGCUCUCUACCCAUUGAAUGCCGAACACAAGACGCGUGAUAUCAGUGGCAAUGGUCUUCAGUCUGGAAUCGAGUCUGGCGUGACACUUGUCAAGGGACCUGAUGGAAGAGAGGGCGGGGCAUAUUACUUCUCUGGGACGUCCAGUAGCUACGUCGAGAUCCCUUACCACGCAAAGGUUGACACAAGGUACUCCCUCACGGUGCUGUUAUGGAUACGUCCUGAACACAUCGGUCCGAUUUUUAAUUACUUUCGUUCGACCUUUGGCGUUCAUUUGUGGCUUGUGGUUCAGGAGAAGCCAAGGGUAUUCGGAAAAGUGAUUACGCGAUAUUGGGUCUGGGAAAAUGCUGUAACAACCAAAGUCACAUUACAGUUGCACACCUGGUACUUCGUGGGAUUCAGCUAUGAUUACACAUCGGGAUGGGCAAGAGUUUAUCUGGACGGAGUCAUGAUCGGCGAGUUGAACAUUGGCAAAGUGGAACUGGCGACGCACCGGGAGAUUCGUCUGGCAGCCGUAACACAUGACGGGCGGUAUUUUCGCGGUGCCAUGGGGUGUCUGCAGAUAUACAACAAAGCCCUCAACCUCAAACAGAUAAGAAAGUCCAGUGGUCUUUGCUCAGCUGAACUGAUUCGGCCUUGUUUCAAUUACACACUAAUUGAAGACUUUAAAAGGGCUUUGAAUCAAACUUGGAACCGUCUAAAAGGCCAACAGCAAAUAUCGACCCAAGGGCCGCAAAGUAAUCUGGGACCGUCUGGGUGGAUGCGUGGCCCGUACCCACAGAGGGAGACUGGUGCGGUGGAACGCGACCUGUGCUUUGGUGAUGUCAGUGGUGACUGUCAGUACAAAGCCUCAGUGACGGUUCGUCAGUGUUUCGGGUAUUAUGUGUACAAGUUCAUUGGACUACCUCAAGAACUACAAAUUUCUGUAGAUAAAGACGUGGAUGCUGAAACUCUACCGGAGAGAAUCUUUCAAGAAAGGCCUCGCUAUCAACUCACGGUUCACGUGUUCUAUGAAGAGUCAAACGUCCCCUCCCCCACCCAGUGCGUCGAGUAUUGUCUUGCAGUUGGGGAGAAGUGCGAGUCAUUCAAUUACAGCGCUGAAGACAACGGAACAUGCCAACUGAACAACGCCACUGCCUUGGGUUAUGACCACCACUUGUUAGCCAAUCAGAGCUGGGCAUACUUCCACCCAGUAGCACUGGUGUGACAUCAUCACAUUUAGCGUUACCGCCCUGGGGCCCGUCUGUUGAAACACCCGAGAAUUCUCGGGCCCGAAAACGUUUUAUUCCUUAAAUUUGAAAAUCUCAAAAAUAGCCCUAUUGUGCGUAUUCAUUUGAAAUACGAACCAAGAGGAAGUUUAAACUGUUCUAAAACAUGAAAGCGGUUCUCCAAAAGGAAAACAUGCAAAAUUUUGAGCAAAACUGCAAAAUAAAGUUUUCGGGCCGAGAAUUCUCGGGUGUUCCGAGAAACGGGCGCCAGGCUUGAGUAACUGAAAACAAACUGAGCUUUACUUUUUUAUAGCAAAAAGAUGGCGGUGGUGUGUCGAUAUUUUUAUUUUAUAGCACCUUUGAUUUUAGUUGUAUUAGCGGCAUUGGCCUAGUUUACUUCUGGAGGGCCGAAAGAAACCUCAACCCAUAAAAGAUAAAAUAAUUUAUUAGAACCCUCUCUAUUCACAGGCCAUCCGCUCUAAAUUUUCACAUCCUCAAAGAAACUUCCACUACGGAGAAAGUUCAUUUAUUCUCCCGAGGGGGGGGGGGGAGGGGGGGGCGUGAGUAUUUUGAUAAAAAUAAGGGCUGAAAUUAUUUCGCCCUCCCCUCUUCAGGAGGAUCAAAAUUUUCCAUGUCCCCUCCUUACGCUUCCCAAAUAUUCUCGGUGCCCCCCCCCCCCCCCUCCAGAUCGAAGAAAGAAGGGGCCAAGGAAGAGCAGCAGUGACAACGUUAAAGAAACGCGAUCAAGAGAUUAGCUGCAAGCUGGUCAGGAAGUUGAGGGUUAGGUAUGGCUGAAAAUAUUAAUUUAGAAAAGGCGAAGGCACUCAAUUUCUCAAAGAUGCGACUAAAUCCAGGAUUGUGGAUGCCAAAUAACUGCCUCCAUUUUGAGACUAAUUGAACCAAGAAGUCUGAUUUGACACUUGGUCAAAUUGUAUAGAAGAGACAACAACCAAAGGAAUCAGUGCCCCCCCCCCCCCUUCAAAAUCAAUAAACUGUUCGAAGCCCCCCUAUUAGACCUCCCCCCCACCACCACCACCACCCCCACGGUAUCCUCACGUCCCCCCCCCUUUCGGGAAAAUAAUUAAACUUUCCCUAGACACACUACUUUUACAAUUUUGAAAUAUUUUUUUGCGUUUUCCGUUAAAAAUCAUCGGAGAUUGCUGCGUCAUCGACCGGAAGUGAACUGUUGACAAUGCCGCUGGCUCAGUUUCGCGCGGGCUUUGAUCUUGGAGUCUUAAGAGACACCAUAAGAAGACUUCGAAGCUGCAUAGUUACUGAACUGCGUAAUAAUGGGUUACAAAGCAAUUGGCAUUUUUUCGAUUAAUUGAAUUGAGGAUAGAGCUUCAAGCCUUAGCAUCAGCAACAGAAAUCUUGAUGCGCAAAACUAGAUGCGCACCGAAAGACAUAAAAAUCAACAGAACGAAAAACAUAAUCGACUAAUAUGGUUGCAGGGCGAGGUCACCUUUAUUUUUCGAAGGUUCGUCAAGUAUCUAAUGACCAGCUGUUUUUUGGGGGACUUAAUGUUUCUUUUUUUACGCGCAUAAAUCACGACACCGUUUUGUUCAAAAACAAAACUAAAAUUGUUUACUAAAAUGAACAGGUUUAUUUUAGUAAUUAAUACUUGUUAUCAUCAUAUUAGUUCAAGUUUAAUUCACAAAUUUAUCUUUAACUUUUGGAAGUGUCGCGAGUUUCACGUGACAAAACUUCUUUUCCAUCGCUGAACCUGCUUUCCUUUAGAAAUUCGAUUCAAUGACUUCACUUCUGCAUCAUGUUAAGCGAUAUUUUGAAAAUUUUGAAACUCGUGAAAUCAAAAUAUGCAAAAAUUUCAUGUAGUUAGAAAAUUUCUUGUAGUUAGAUAGUUAGUAAAUCAUGUAUUACAAUGCAUUUAACACAGAUUUCACAAAACGAAACAGUGCACAUAAAAAACAGAGAUCUCAAAAGCUGAAAUGUUUUUUUCAGUUUGUAAAAAUUUACUAGCUGUACAAUGUAUUGAAGCCAGUAAAGAGUAGUAUCUCUGAAAA